CACACACCAAAAAGUAAAAAAAAAAUAUGGAAACCAGAUCCGCCAAGAGGAAAAAGCUUUCGAUCAACGCGCCGAUAACAAACGAAGAAGAAGAAGAAGAAGAUAGAAUCAGCGAUUUACCAGAUGACGUCAUCCACCACAUUUUCUCGUACCUUCCGAUCAAAUCCGUCGCGCAGACGAGCCUCCUCUCGAAGCGGUGGAGCAGCAUCUGGCGCAGCUUCCCAGAUCUCGACUUCACCACCGUCGCUGCCCUGACCACCACCACCAACCCCGCCGCCGCCGCCGCCCUGACCAGCAUCACCACCCCCGCCGCACUCAUCUCGAGCCUCCGCCGGAGAGUCCAGCACCACGUCUCGAAAGACGCGAAGUACGCCGAUCAAAUCUCCGCCCUAAUCGAGAAGCGCCACUCCGACAUCCGCGCCGUGAAAUUCCGAGCCUUCGUCACCUUCUCGACGCUGAACCGGCUGAUCCGCAACUCCGUCAAGCGCAACGUGCAGGAACUCGAUGUCGAGGUAUUCACCUGCGAUUACUUCAAUUUCCCCCGAAUCGUGAUGAACAGCGCCGCAUUGAAAACCCUAAGAUUGAAAUCGUGGCACCCGGGUUUCAGAUUGCCCCCUUUACAGAUAAUGAAGGAAGGGUUAAAAUCUCUAUCAGUUCUAUCCCUAUCCCGCCCGAUUUUGCACGAUAGCCCCUCACUUAUCGACUUAUUUACGAAUUCGUCCUUCCCCUCUCUCAAGAAGUUGCAUUUGGAAGCAUGUUUCGGGAUGACACAUCUCAAAAUCGAGUGUCCGGCGUUGGAGGACUUAUGCCUCGAGCACAAUUUCCAGCUGCACGAUCUCGAAAUCUCGUCCCCGAAACUCGAGAAGCUACGAGUUUUUAGCUGCUUCGACGCGAGUAGUAAUAGCAACAUCAGCCGCGUGAAAAUCGAGGCCCCUCUCCUGAAAAACAUCGUCUGGUCGUAUAACGCCGUCACACAAGAAUGCGUGUUGAACAAGUUAACUUCAUUGCACGAGGCCGUUGUGGGGUUUUUCGUACCCAACGAGGAUUUAAACGCCGCGAAAUUCCGCAGCGUGUCGAACUUUUUAACCGGGAUUUCGUGUUGCAAGUCUUUGACACUCGAAAGCCAGUGUAUUGAGGUGCUUUAUUUUCUUGUCUUAAUCGCAUCUGUUUUUUUUACGAUUAUGUCGAAAAACGAUCGAGUUUCGAUGUGUUCUUUCGGGAAACUCAAGUGUUUGGAGUUGAGUACGGGGUUCGAAAAACACAACAACUCUGCAUUGGCUGGUGUUUUUAGAAGUGCUCCUACAGUUAACACUGUCACAAUCAAGAUUCUUGGUGAUGACAAAGCUGAAAGACGACAGUGGAACAAGGAUCUAUGGCAAUCUCCUAGCUCGGGGGAAGAACGGUAUUGGGAAUCGCAAACGCAAUAUUUGAAUUCAUUUCUUCGUCACUUAAAAGAGGUAAGGAUUUUCGGAUUUACGGAAUGCGCUAACGAUGUUAGUUUGGUGAAGUUCUUGCUCAAGCAUGGCAAAGUAUUGCAACAAGUGUUUAUCUUCACAAGUCUCUCCAAGCCAAGAGAUUCCCUUUUGAGAGAAAAGAUCAAAUCGCAGAUUAUGGGCUUUUCUCGGGCUUCUUCGAACGCUAACAUUGUUUUUAAGUAG